AUGCUUCUGAUCUCCUCUCAUGCCUAUCAUGCCUUUGAUUUUUUUUUUUUUGUAACUCCUCUGUUUCCACUCCCUUCCCUCCCUCAGCGCCGUCGCUCCUCCUCCACGCAGCCCUCGGAGCGCACUCUCGCAGAAACCCUAGCGGGCAUCAACGCGCCUCCCCCAGAUGCGACCUCCACCCGCGGCAGCACCAAUACUCGAGGCAGUACCGCACCGCCUGCAGCUGUCCCCACUAUUCCCAAUGUGGGCGUCGCAACAGCUGCUGCUCCUUCAUCGUUCUUUGCUGCCAGCUUUGGGUCAGGAGGGGGACAGCAGCAGCAGGGUGCAGCGGCUGUCACUCCAGAGAGGCACAGCAGUGGUUCUUCUGCUCUGGACUUCUUCUCUCAGCUCAGUGGUAUCACAAGCUCUGUCCUUUCUGGCACCACCUCUUCGUCUUCUUCUGCACAUCCGUCCGGCGCCACUCACGCCAACGACCCUGCUGCUGCUGGCAUGAGCGCUUUCACUGGCAAUUUCGCAGGAAGUUUCCCUGGGAGCCAGCCUUACGCCUCCCACGACGGGCAGUUCGGGCAGUUUGUAAAACCGGAGCCAGCGAAUCCGGUGGUGCAGGAAAUUUUGCAGUCACUGCCUGACUUGUCGUUCAUGCUGGCUGAUCACCUGGUGGUGCCCGGGAGGGAUCCUGGAGGGUUGAGGGAGUUUAAUAGCCGGCCGAAGGUUUCUGCUGCAUCGAUCAUUGCAUCGUGCGUUCCCCGUCGGGCAAUAACACACGCUGCAGCUGCACUGGCAGCAGGAGGAACAGGGGCAGAUGCAGGAGCAGCAGCAGCACCAGCAGCAGCUCUUGUUGAUUCUUCUGCAAGUGGAACUGUAGAGAUUCAAAGCACAGCACCUGCAAGUGCAGCAGCUACAAACGCAGCAGCUACAAUGGAAGCGGAAGAAAGUGGGAAGCAGCAGAUGCCCACAGCUGGAUUUGAUUCCUUGGAAGAUUCUGCUGGGGUGGGUCAUGCAGCAAUCACAGCACCUGCUGUAAACAUGGCAUCAACAGCUCCUGCUGGUGUUGGUUCUGCAACUGCUGUGAGUGACCCUGGGAUGGCUCCACCUGUGGCAGAGACUUCUGUGUCUUCCGUGAUCGCGGGAAUGUCGAUGGGGGGCUUCAUGGAUGAUGCAGAGGAGGAUAAUGACGAUUGGGGCGACUUUGAGUCGUGA